AUGCUUCUCCGUAGUCUUCUUCAUGGAGCUGGACGUUAUGUUGCUCGAUCAUCGGUUCGUAGUGCAUCAACAGCUUUACAAACAAAUCCAUCAAUAACCUAUGAGCAAACGCUUUUAAAUGCGCCGGAAACUCGUGUGACAGCAAUUAAAAAUGGUUUACGUGUUGCAUCAGAAGAUUAUGGUCUUCCAACAUGUACAGUUGGCGUUUGGAUUGAUGCCGGUAGUCGAUUCGAAACCGCACAAAAUAAUGGUGUUGCCUAUUUCCUUGAACAUAUGGCAUUUAAAGGUACAGCUAAUCGAAAACAACAAGAACUCGAAACUGAAAUUGAAAAUCUCGGUGCACAUUUGAACGCCUAUACAUCACGCGAACAAACUGUCUACUAUGCCAAAUGUUACAGCAAAGACUUGCCAAAAAUCGUGGAAAUCUUAUCGGACAUUGUUCAAAACAAUCAAUUCAGUGAAGAAGAAAUUGAACGAGAACGUCAUGCAAUUUUACGGGAACUACAAGAAGUUGAAAAUGAUUAUCAACAAGUUACAUUAGAUCAUUUGCAUGCAACAGCUUAUCAAGGCACACCAUUAGCUAAAAGUGUCAUUGGUACAACAGACAAUGUCAAAGCAAUUAAAAAAGCCGAUUUACUCAAGUUCGCUGGCACACAUUACAAAGCACCGCGAAUGAUUUUGGCUGCUGCUGGAGGAAUCAAUCAUGAUCAAUUAGUCAAAUUGAGUGAAGAACAUUUUGGUAAAUUAAAAGCUGGUUAUCAAGGAGAAGUACCUGAUCUUGUGCCAUGCCGAUUUUCCGGUAGUGAAAUUCGUGUUCGAGAUGACGAUAUGCCAUUAGCUCACAUUGCCCUCGCCGUUGAAAGUCCAGGCUUAGCGCAUGCGGAUACAGUUCCUUUACUAGUUGCAUCCACCAUUAUUGGCAACUGGGACAGAUCAAUGGCCGGUGGUGGAUUCGUUGCGUCACGUCUUGGUCAACAAUCUGUUUUCUAUAACUUAUGCCAUUCAUAUCAAGCAUUCAAUACAUCCUACAGUGAUACUGGCCUAUGGGGAACUUACUUAGUCACUGAUCGAAUGCGUAUUGAUGAUGCUAUGAGUGCAUUACAAGAUGAAUGGUGCCGUGUUUCAACAGCUUGCACCGAUAUUGAAGUUGCUCGAGCCAAAAAUUUAUUAAAAACCAAUAUGUUAUUAGCUCUCGAUGGUUCAACAGCAAUUUGUGACGAUAUUGGACGUCAAUUACUUGCUUAUGGCCGUCGUAUUCCCUUACACGAACUGAAUGCGCGCAUUGAUGAUGUUGAUGCUAAGGCAGUUAUGACAGCAAUGAAACAAUACGUUUACAAUCAUUGUCCUGCCGUCGCUGCAGUUGGUCCGAUUGAACAACUACGAGAAUACAAUCGAACACGUAGUCGCAUAUUACCUCAUCUUUCAUUCUAUGGGAAUAGUUCCAAUCAACAGACCAAAAGUAAAGAUGAGAUUUACAGAAGUGCAACAAAACUCAUUCAGAUCAAAUUUAAAUUCAAUCUACAUAGGAUAUGA